AUGCAUCUGCCACACGUACUGCUGUUAGCUCUGUGUAUUGCCAUCGCGUCGUGUGAUGCCAUAUCCGCUUUUGUCACUGAACAAGAAGCUGCUGUCGUGCAAAACGCUCAACGUCUGGGCUUAUCUCACUCCGUCGUUGCUGCUAGAGAUCGUGGCGCGUCUGGUAAGCGACUCUUACGGUCUGACAACCUCCCGACUGUUACCAACGAUGUGGAUGCUGAAGAGAGAGCCCUCCCAGGUAUUACGAAGUUAAGCGAGUUGGCGAAGAAAGGGAAAUCCGCUGUGAGCACCAAACUAAGUGACAAGAUGUUGUGGCUCAAGUACCAGAAGCUGGGUAAACAAAAGCUUUCGGACUUAGACAUCACCGGAAUGUGGCUAAAAAGUGGGAAAGGUCCGGAUAAGAUUUUCGACCGCUGGAUUCGACUCAGCAAGUCACCGAAGCAAGCAGCCCAAAACUUGCUGAACCAUGGUACAACAACGAACGAUCUCUACAAGGUCUUGAGAAAGCGUAACAUGAACCUGGAAACAAUCAGACCGAUUUGGCGCGACCUCGGACUGACAGAGAAUCAACUUCGUGUUGCCCGUCACGCGGUUAGCGCCUUGUGA